AUUUAAACAAACACCGUCCUGCCGAAGAUGGCGGAGAGUUUGUAGAGGCGUAAAAGAAACUGCUCCACUCAAUGAAAGCAUCGAAGCCGGAGAUGUUAAGACAUUGACGUGACACUGUACCCUGAAUGGAGCUUGACUGGGGAUUGUACUGGCCAAGGUGCUGAUGUGUGCUGAAGAUGAGUGGCGUAGGAGACAACUCGUUGGAGCCGCUGUGCUCCGACCGCAAGCGUAAACUAUCCACCUGUGACACACCAGGCUUAGGGUGUGACAAGCGUCGGAGGGAACAGGAGAGCAAGUACAUCGAGGAGCUGGCUGAGCUCAUCUCUGCCAAUCUCUCCAACAUCGACAGCUUCAACGUCAAGCCUGACAAAUGUGCCAUCCUCAAGGAGACCGUGAGGCAGAUCCGACAAAUCAAAGAGCAAGGAAAAAGCUCUUGCAGUGAUGAUGAUGUCCAGAAGGCGGAUGUGUCCUCCACUGGUCAAGGGGUCAUUGACAAGGACCAUCUGGGACCGCUGCUCCUACAGGCCCUGGAUGGUUUCCUGUUUGUGGUGAACCGAGAAGGCAGCAUAGUAUUUGUGUCAGACAAUGUGACCCAGUACCUGCAGUACAAGCAGGAGGAGCUGAUCAACACCAGUGUCUACAACAUCAUCCACGAUGAGGACAGAGAGGAGUUUCACAAGAAUCUACCCAAAUCCAAUGCACCAAAUGGGGCAUCAUGGGGUGGAGAUGCGCCCCGGCAGAAGAGUCACACCUUCAACUGUCGUAUGCUGGUGAACUUUGGUCAUGGUCAGAGUCAUGGGUUGUCAGAAGAGAGGCCUGGAGGCCAACGCUAUGAGACCAUGCAGUGUUUUGCCCUCACUCAGCCCCGGGCUAUGAUGGAGGAGGGAGAAGAUUUGCAGUCGUGUAUGAUCUGUGUGGCACGACGCAUCACUGCAGUAGAGAGAACAGAGAGGUUUAGCACACGCCAUGAACUGUCUGGUAAACUGAUUGAAAUUGAACAGCACGCCUCUCUUCACACCACUAUGCGCCCAGGCUGGGAGGACCUGGUGAGGCGCUGCAUGCAGAUGUUCCUCCAUCGCAGCGAGGGACAACCCUGGUCCUACAAACGUCACUAUCAAGAUGCUUUCCAUAAUGGCCAUGCGGAGACCCCACUGUACCGCUUCUCGCUCUCUGACGGCACCCCAGUCACAGCCCAGACCAGGAGCGAUCUCUGCAGGAAUCCCAACACCAAUGAACCACACUCUUUCUUGUCCACACACUUGCUACAAAGGGAGCAGAAUGGAUAUCGUGGAAACCAGGGAGGAGGCAUGAGGCCUCAAAACAUGGGUGUGAACAACCCCAACCAACAGAUGAACAUGGGCCCAGGAGGGGGCAUGGGCAUGAACAGGGGUUAUGGCAUGGCUGAACAAGGCAACAUGCCACAAAGAGGAAUGCCUCCAUAUGCUGGGGGUAACCGCAUGAAUCCCAUGAACCAGAUGAAUCAAAUGAAUCCCAUGAAUCAGAUGAAUCCUAUGCAUCAGAUGAACAACAUGGGUCACAUGAAUCAGAUGAAUCAAAUGAAUUCCAUGCAUCCAAUGAACUCCCCCAUGAACUCAAUGAACCAGUUGGGGCCCAUGAACCAGAUGAAUCAGAUGAAUCAGAUGAAUCAGAUGGGCCACCAUGGCAUGCAUCAGCAGCAGCACCAGCAUCAGCAGAUGGGUCAGUUCCAUGGAGGAGGAGGUGGACCUGGAGGUGGAGGGUAUGGGAUGGGAAUGACCAGUCCCCCUCAGGCCAGUCCAGGAAUUAACGGCCCCCCACACAAUGUCAUGGGUUCACCCAGAGUCAGAGGAAGCCCCAAGAUGGGUGCCAGCCCCUUCUCUCCUGGAGGUAUGAACUCUCCCAUGAGCUCCAGUCACCCUGGUAACUCUGGAGGUGGAGGAGGAGGUACCACCUUCUCCAGCAGCUCCUUGAAUGCCCUCCAAGCCAUUAGUGAGGGAGUAGGCAAUCCGAUGCCUUCCCCACUCACCUCUCCUCCCCCUCACAAACCUGACAGCUCCCCGAGUAUCAACUCCACCAAUCAGUCAGCAGGGGGACCAUGUAAACCAGGCCUCCCAGCCUACUCUGACACCAAGAGCCCAGGCAGCUCACUGGGGGCUGGAGGAGAGCAGCAGUCGCAGCCACACCCUCGCACCCCCACCAGUGAGGGCCCUCCUGACAAGCCAGACAGCCAGGCCAGCAGAGAGACGGGUCCGACCGGGGGAGAAUCCAAUCGACGGGUCCCUGACACCAAAUGCCACAGGAAGCUUCUGCAGCUCCUCACCUCCCCUACAGAUGAGCUGGUGCCACCUAAUCACGCAUCAAACUCUGGACCCAGCUCCACAUCUGAGGUAAAAGAUGGAACAGUGGGUGUCACCAGCCCCUCCUCCUCAACAGGAGUAUCCUCCUCUACGGGCGGGAGUCACGGUGCUGUGUCCUCCUCUGCUGGCACAGGACACUUAACAAGUCAGUCUCUGCAGGAGAAGCACAAGAUCCUCCACAAGCUCCUCCAGAACGGGAACACUCCCGAUGAGGUGGCGCGCAUCACAGCUGAGGCCACUGGAAAGAGCAGCUUGGAUUCAGAUCCUGGACCUGCAGCCCCUGGAGGAGUUAGGGGAUCCGAAUCAAAACAGGAGCAGCACAGCCCCAAGAAGGAGAAGCCUCACGCCCUCCUUCACUAUCUCCUCAAUAAGGACGACUCUAAAGAAGGUGGUGAUAUCAAGCCAAAGCUGGAGGAGCUGGAGGGGAGAGGAGCUCAGGGGGCAGGGGUCACCAGCUCUGACACCCACUGUAUGGAUGGAAAAGUCAAGUUGGAGCCAUCUGAUGAGACGGAGACCCUGGAGACCAUUCUCGGUGUCCCAAGGAACAACUCUGGGUUCUACCCUGAACCAGACUCCAGAGCAGGGAAGGAAGUUGCAAACAAACAAGGAAACAUGCCUGACAAUUUACAUGAUGGGGAGAAAGGCCCCAUGCCUCCAGCUCAGCGUGGUGUCUAUCAAAGAGCCUUGUCCAUGGACGCCAAGCCCAUGGGUGUAGAAGGAGCAGUAGGAGGUGGGCUGGCCAUGAGAAGGAAUGUCCCCUGUCCCACAUUGGUCAAACAGGAGAACAUGGAUGCUCCGAUCCGCCCUGGGGUCGUACCCAAUGGCUUUCCUGGAGGCAUGGGUCUCUGUCCACCAAGAGGCAAUCCAACAAGAGGUAUGGGCAGAGGUAUGGGAAUGCCCCAGCGCCCUCCCAUGGCAGGACCAGGGGAGUGGGGGAUGACGAGGCCCAGUGGCAGCCCUGCGGCCGGACCAGGUCACCCAGGCAUGGGUCGCUCUGGCCCAAUGGGAGGACCCAUGAUCAACCGCUCCAAUAGUGUACCUGCAAACACCAGGUCUAUGCUGCAGCAGCAACUCAUGGAGAUGGGUACCAAUGAAGCCAAUAUGAGUAUGAGCCCAUUUGGUGGACAUGGACCACCACCUCAGUCGCCCUCCUGGCCAGACUCUGCCAUAGGAAUGGACAGACCACAGAGUAACACAAACAGGGAACAGUUUGCACACCCCCUGGAUGAGCUGCUGGGACCCCUGGCCAACAGCGACGGCCCGAGUGAUGAACGAGCACUUCUGGACCAGCUGGACUCUCUGCUCAACACUGCAGAUGUCAUUGCUCUACAGGAAAUAGAUCGAGCCCUAGGCAUCCCUGAAAUAGUGGGCCAGACCCAGGGACCUGAAGGUCACCAGCAGGGCCAGGAUCAAGGUCAGGGUCAGUGCCCACCAUCAGAGCCUUUCCCAGGGCCAGACUCCUCCAUAGGCAUAGACCAAAAACCCAUGUAUGGCCAGGGCUACCCUGGGCCCCCAGGGCCCCCCUCCAUGGGCAUGCAGUCCGGUUAUGGCGGCAACACGAUGCAAGGUCAGUCUCCGGGAGGCUUCAACCCCAUGAUGAAUCAGAUGGGCCAAACGGGAGGCUUCCCUGGCAUGGUGGGUAUGGGUGGCAUGGGCAACCCCCGCGCAAACAUGAUGAGACCUCGCAUGUUGGCCACCAAGCCUCUCCGACUGCAGCUACAGCAGAGACUGCAAGGGCAGCAGUUUAUGAACCAGACCCGACAAGGCAUGAAGAUGGAAAAUGCCCCUGGAGGAAACCCUGCCAUGCGUCCAGGCAUGCAACCUGGCAUGCAGCCAGGCAUGCAGCCUGCAGCCAUGGGUGGUCAGCCUGGUUUCCUAAACGCACAGAUGAUGGCUCAGCGCAGCAGGGAGAUGAUGACCAUGCAGAUGAGGAGGCAGCGGAUGAUGAUGCUGAUGCAACAGCAACAGCAGCAGGGGCAGGGGGCAGCUGGAGGCUUCAGUCCUCCUCCAAAUGUCACUGCACCAGCAGGCAUGGACAGCCCCAUGGGAGGCCCCCCCUUGAACCAACCUGGACAGCAGGGUUUCAACUAUGGAGGUAACUAUGGGAUGAACCAGCAGGGGGACCCAUCAUUCAUGGCUCGAGGCAGCAGCCCUCCAGGAAACAUGAUGCAAGGACGAAUGGGUGGCCCCCCUCAGACCGCAAUGAUGCCAGGGAUGCAGGGAAACCCACAGGGAGGGCCCAUGUACCCGUCUGGAGACAUGAAGGGCUGGCCACAGGGCGGCAUGCCACGCAGCAACUCAUACCCCCAGCAACAGUUCCCCCAGCAGGGUAACCAGGGCCAGUUUGGGCCCAUGAUGAUGAACAGCUCCAUGGGUGGACCUGGGCCAGUCAGCGGGGCCGGUGCAGGACAGAUGAGCCAAAUGCCAGGACAGAUGCAAGGACAGAUGCAAGGCCAAAUGGGCAUGAACCCCAUGGGAAUGGGUAGAAUGCCAAUGGGACCUGAUCAGAAGUACUGUUGACGACCUGUGGCUGACAGCAGAAUCUGGAGCCUUUCAUCUGUGGCAGAGCAGCCUGGGCCAGGAGAAGAGCUGGACUUACACAAACACACACACAGUAGUUCUCCAGCGUAAAAUGUGACACAGGAGACUCGACACAUCGCACUGCUCAUUGUGGAGGAAGUUGGCUACAAGGACGAGCAUGCAUCAGGUUUCAUCACCAACUGAAGCCUCACAUGCUGUAGCCGAACUCUAUUUAGGUUAUGCACAAACACAAAAUACCUGUGUGUGUGUGUGUGUGUGUGUGUGUGUGUGUGUGUGUGUGUGUGUGUGUGUGUGUGUGUGUGUGUGUGUGUGUGUGUGUGUGUGUGUGUGUAUGUGUGUAUGUGUGUGCGCGCGUAUGCGUGUGGGCGUGUGUGUGUGCGCGCAUGUUUGUGUGUGUUCACAUGAAUGACCCGGAGCUGUCGGGCAGUAUUCAGCGUCACGGUAAGGCUGCAGAACGGGACUACGGUACAACUGGCUGUGGCUGCACUUUACCUGGAGGCUUCUGUGUGGAAUAAAGAUUGAUGCAAUAUUUCUUCAUCAUUACAGCCUUAUUAGAGAUUCAAUGCCUUCACAACAAUGGGUUUCUUUCUUUUAUUUCUUUCUUAUCCUUUGGAUGCGCCUCAUUCUUAAAGUCAUUGGAAGCUAUAAGCACAGUUUACUAUGUUAUGCAGAUUGGAGCAAUAACUCUAGCCUCUAUGCUUUAGACUGUAACUGAGCAUCAUUACCCUGUUCUAAGCAAACAAAUGGUACUGCAGUAUUAGAUGUCUCAAAUGUCCUCUGUGAAUAUGAAUUGUAAAUAUCCUACAAAAUAUAUCAGACAUGCUUUUUAAAGGCCCAUUAUUGCACAAAGUAUGAGACCUGGUUGUAUUUUUGUGUCCCAUAGGUCAAUACUGAUUUGGUUGUUUUGCUUCUUUUUUCUUUUUUUCUUUUUUUUUUUUUUUGCCGUUGCAAAUAUUGCAGGUGUGUUUUGGGUUUUCCUUCCUCUGUUUUGACAUUUUCUUAAUGCUGUAUUUUUAAAUUUUCCCAGAAGUCGUGUAUUUCAUGUUUUAGAGUGGCACUUUUUACUUGUGACGAGGAUCUGAUGAGUUGAAGGUUUGAGCUUUCACACCGUCAGAGGUUUUAUUAGAGUGUGGUGACGGCGAAUUCUGUCAGGACAGUUGAUUACGUAAACUUGUUGUUUUGUUGCGGUGUGUGUGUCUGCGUGUGCGUGUGUCUGUGUGUGUCUGUGUGUGUCUGUGUGUGUCUGUGUGUGUCUGCGUGUGUCUGCGUGUGUCUGCGUGUGUCUGCGUGUGUCUGCGUGUGUGUGUGCGUGUGUGUGUGUGUGUGUGUGUGUGUGUGUGUGUGUGUGCGUGCGCGCAGUACAGUGAGGACGGGAAAACACCCUUCAGUUCACCAACAGGCCUGGUCCUAGCAGAGUUCUCUUCCUACCACCAGCUUUGUCUGUCGAGUGUAUUUUAUUCACAGCAUCUUCUUUUGACUGUUAUUCUCAACCCGCUGAAUCUACCUUUUCAACAUGCGCGAUCCAAAGAUAUUUUUCCACAUCUCUGUAUAGUUUCUGAGGUUUCUGGUGUACAUUUUUUAUGAUAUGUGUUAUAUUAUUCUGAUGGUAAAUGGGUACAUAUCAUUGAUCUGUAAUAGCAUAUGAUGGUUAUGUACUGUAAGUGUAUCAGCUAUCAGUGCAGGGCAAAGAGGACUGGAAGGUCUCAGUCCCACAGCAGAAAGUUUUUACAUCCAGAAAAAAACAAAGCAUGUUUUGCUGUGAAAGAGAAAUACCAAUGGAAUGAAAUCCACUUGAAGACAUAUCAAUUUCUCUUCUAUUUUUCAGGAAACAACUUCAUUUUAUGUCCAGAUUUUGUUACUUCAGGAAAAUGGAACUUUGUAGAGUUUGAAUGAAGUGCAAAAAGAGGCAAGAGAUCAUUUGGUUUGUUUUUGUUUUCUUUGUGUGGAGGUAAGAUAAGCUGUCAUUUUACAGGAUGUAUAUUACAGAUUUUUUUUCUUUUGAUGUUGAUAUUGAUGUAAAUACAAAUUUCUAUUUAAACACUCUUGACUGUGAUUCUCUAAUUAUAUACUGACUGAUUAUGAGCAGUGAUGCAUGCAUGUAAUUUACUCAGUUCUCAGUCUGGUAACAGUUAAUAUCAGCCAGUAUAUAUAGACGUAAUAAUCAUUUCUGAUCAAACAAAACAGAUGAGCGCUACUGCAGCUUGUCAGGUUAUGAAGGAAUAAUCCACUUCCAUUUUUAGAUCUAAUAUUCUUCUGUCAGAAGAAAAUCAUUCAAUAUUACUCCUUGCUUAGUAUUGGAGAAAGGCUUAGAUACAAUAGCUUCUUUCAGGUUAUUGUAAGACACACACAGUAUGAGGCACUAACAUCUAAACGAGUGCACGCACAGACAGUGAUGGAAGAACAAUUCACAUCCUUCAGUAAAAAUAGAUUAAAGUAGUGAUCCAACUGUAUAUAACUACUUGUGAAGAGAUGUGAUACAGUAUUCUGAGGUAUUUUAGUUAGCACACUGUAAAAUUACAAUUGUCCUGUCUUCUAAAAUCUGUGCUAGUAGAAGUACAGAUGUGUAAUUAGCAGAAUUUACUUAAAUGAUCAGAAGAAAAACUACUCAUUCUUCCUUGUGACUCA